CUCUCUGCAGUGGAGCAGGAGCGUGACCUGUUGCAGCCUCGUCCGUACUGGAAGGAGUUUCGUUUCGAUCUGACUCCCCUCCCUCAGGGUGAGACGGUGACGGCGGCAGAGUUUCGCAUUUACAAGACUCUGACGAUGGGCCAGAGGGCCAACCGAACACUGCACAUCUCCGUCUACGAGAUCCAACGAGAGAGCAAACACAGAGAACCAGAGCUGGUGCUGCUGGACAUGCAGUCAGUGCCUGCAGGACAGGAGGGCUGGCUGGCCUUUGACGUCACCUCGGCCUCCAACCAUUGGCUCCUCCACCCCCGCAGCAACCUGGGCAUACGUCUCUAUGUGGAGACAGAGGAGGACCGCUCCCUGUCUGCAGGCUGGAUCGGGCUGGUGGGCCGCAGGGGCCCUCGCUCCAAACAGCCCUUCAUGGUGACCUUCUUCAGGGAGAAUCAGGUCCCGUGUCGGCCGCCGCGAGCUGUGAAGCCACAUCCCCGCAAGAAGAAACCCAAAUACGACCUCCCAGUCCCCAGCAUCCAUAAUCGGAGUCCUGUAAACAGCGGAGGUCAGGCCUGUAAAAAACAUGAACUCUACGUCAGCUUCAGUGACCUGGGAUGGAAGGUCAGCUGUGAAUUUAACUUCUUUGAUUCUUGUUUUGGCUUCAGGAGUAUUUAGUCCUUUAAUUUCUUCCUCCAGUUUCAUUAAUCUACUUACUUUACUUCUUGCAUACAAUGACAGUAUGAUUGUUCAAGCAGAAAGCAGGAUCAUUUAGUGGGCUGAAAGAAGUCCAUUAUAUCACCGUGUCAUACUUGGGCUGUAACUAGUUAUUCUGUCGCUUCGAUGCAUUUCUUUGCUUCAUCCUGAACAUUUUUCAAACAGUAAUUGCAUUUCUUAUAACAAUUCGUUCAAACAGCACCGCUUAAUGGCUUACCUGCAAAAGUCGUUAAAAAAAGUCAUAGUAAAAAAAAUAAUGCUAUAGUAUGUAGAAAACAGUAUGUCGUAAAAAUGCACAGUAUGUAAAAAACAUUUUAGGCAUAGGAUAGUGUGUAUGAUGAAAUGAUGUGAA